UAUGGAUUAAUUUUUAUACAAUUGGCGAAAAUAUACUGGUUAUUUACGACUUUAUAUAUAUAUGGUUAUUUACGACUAUAUAUAUAUAUAUUAAUAUAUUAACAGAAAUCGAAAAAGAAGAGAAAAAAAGCAAACAAAAACAGUCUAGAGGCUCAACAAUAACAACAAAAAAUCCGUUCUCAAGCUUCUUUCUUUCUUUCCCUUUGUUUCUUCUUCCUCCUUUCGAUCUCACUGAUUCUCUCUAAACCAACUCGAUCCUCUCUUCCCCUUAUCAAUUAGGGUUUUACAGGCGAAAUUCUCGUUCGAAUCAAUCGAUUUAUUUCGUUGCAAGUUUCUUCAACUUAACCAACCAAUCGAAGAGAGCAUAAGAAUUGCGAUAUGAGAAAGCAGUGCUAAUUUCUCUGAUUCUCAAAUGGAGCAGCUUGUUAACUUCAUCAUUCGACCUCCAAGAGCUGAGUACGACCCGGAACAUGAUCUCUUGGAGAAGGAGUUCAUGAUGAAAGGUAGAUGGUAUCAGAGAAAAGAUUUAGAGGUUAAAAACAGUAGGGGAGAUGUUCUUCAGUGUAGUCAUUAUAUGCCUGUUGAACGCCCUGAAGGAAAGCCUUUGCCCUGUGUAAUAUAUUGCCAUGGAAACAGGUAUUGGGACGUUUGUGGAUGUAGAGCGGAUGGUAGUGAAGCCGCUAUUGUGUUGCUGCCUUCGAACAUUACAGUUUUCACUCUUGACUUUUCGGGAUCUGGUCUCUCAGGCGGGGAACAUGUCACCUUAGGCUGGAACGAAAAAGAUGAUCUGAAGGCUGUGGUUGAGUUUUUGCGGCAGGAUGGAAAUAUAUCCUUGAUUGGGUUAUGGGGACGUUCAAUGGGUGCUGUUACUAGCCUGAUGUAUGGAGCCGAGGAUCCUUCCAUUGCGGGAAUGAUUCUAGACAGCCCCUUCUCUGAUUUGGUUGAUCUGAUGUUGGAACUUGUAGAUACAUACAAGUUCCGUCUACCGAAGUUUACUGUAAAAUUUGCAAUACAGUUUAUGCGGAGAGCUAUUCAGAAAAAAGCAAAGUUUGAUAUAACGGAUCUGAACACUAUUAAGGUGGCAAAGUCAUCUUUUGUUCCGGUUUUAUUUGGACAUGCCUUAGAUGAUGACUUUAUCCGCCCUCAUCAUUCAGAUCGUAUAUAUGAAGCCUACGUAGGUGACAAAAACAUUAUCAAAUUUGAGGGAGAUCACAACUCUCCACGGCCUCAGUUCUACUUUGACUCAAUAAAUAUCUUUUUCCAUAACGUACUUCAACCUCCAGAGGUGGUCGGGCCGACCUUUUAUGACCCGUUGGAUGAUUACUUUGCAAAGGGCAGUUGGGGAUCUAUGCAUGAUACAAAUAUUCCACAAUCCUCAGUACAGAAAAGUUUAGCCGCGAGUAGCAUCUCUGACGCAAUUAAUGAAGUCCGCAUGAAAAGACCCAUGAGCCGCACUGAUGUUCCUUCGAAUGUCACAUCUAACGCUUCUCCAUCAGAAACUAAGGAAAAAGAGAAUCAUGAUGGCCGUGACAGUUCAUCUUCUCCUGAUAUGAUAAGCUUUGAUUUGUCAAACGGCGAUCAAUACCCCCAUCACCUUGGGAUGGCUUUAGAUGAUGAUCAGUACGUGGAGUAUCACUUGGAGGACAUCCCAUCUAAUCCAGAGGAAGAAGAAAGGAUGCUUAUGAAAGCGGUGAUGGAAUCAUUGAAGGACUUGGAAGUGAAAAGUCUUCAAGCAAAAGAACCUCCCGAGAAGAGAGUUCACGGCAGCAAUGCUUUUCUAACUGCACAACAAUCUCUUCUCGCCAGAGAAGAAUCAACUUCAGCACAAGCAAACCAAUCAGAGAUUGACUCUGCUUCAAGUCCAGCAACACUUAACGCUUCCGAGUCCAAUGCUCCAAGAGACACACCAGCUUCUCUAGCGAAACCCGUAAACGCUUCUGUGAGCCAGAAGGAAAGCGAGAGCAGUGACAUGUCAGGAGUUACAAAGGCGACGGUGACAGUUGAACGUAGUAGUAGUGCACCGGGCAAAGUCUUGGACGGGUUAAUACGCAAGUGGGAUUUUAACUUCUUCAAAAACAGCAAAUAACUCAAGUGAAGUCGAAUGAUAUGCAUAUAAAUUUAUGUCCAAAAAUAGGUUGUUUUUUUUUUUCAGAGAUUUUAUCAUUGUUGGCUUUGGUUAUGGUUUACAUAUGAUUUUAUUCAAAUGUUGUGUUCUUGGGUCUGGUUUUUUUAUUCGUUCCAUGUAUUUGUUUUAAGUGUUUUUUGUCCUCUUCUAUUUGUUUCAAAUAUAUGAUGAUUCAAUUAUUCCUUUGCAUAUACUUUACUUUGUCUUGUUUCUUGGACACAAUCUUCC